CUCCUACUUCUCCUCCGCUCGCUUCUCUAGAGUACUCAUAUCGCUCGUUAACUAAGAAUUAUUUGGCGAUGCUGCUUCUUCAUCUAUCAAAUGAGCUCCUGUGCUGUAUAGCAGAAAACCUCGAAUUAGAGAGAGAUAUCAACGCCUUUACACAAGCGAACUGCCGCAUCUACCGUCUACUAAAUCCCUACCUCUACCGUUACAACAUAAAGCAAUCUAAGAGCUCUGCGUUAUUGUGGGCUGCUCAGAAUGACCAAGAGGGAACGGCUCAGAAGUUGCUGGAGGAAAGGAUUCACGAUCAAGCUAUGAACGAUUAUUGGAUACCGCUCUGUGUGGCGGCAAGAAAUGGAUAUGGAGGGAUAGUAAAGCUGCUCCUCAGUAAGGGCACCAAAGUUAACGCUAAGGGCGCAUACUACGCACACGCACUCCGGGCAGCUUCAUACGGAGGCCACGAGACCAUUGCGAGGCUGCUGCUGGAGAAGGGCGCCGACGUCAACGCGGAGAGCGAAGAAUACGGCAACGCACUCGGGGCGGCCUCAUCUGGAGGUCACGAGGCGAUUGCGAAGCUACUGCUCAAGAACGGAGCAGAUAUUGAAUCCCGAGACCAAUUCGGCUACACACCGCUUAUCUCAGCAGCACGAGCGGGUCAUCUGGAAGUCGUUAAGCUGCUACUUGAGAAUGGGGCAGACUUUACAGUUUUUAGCGAUGCUCUCUGGAGACCGCAUGUUGUAGCUGCGCUUCACGGCCAUGUGAACGUAGUCCAGCUGCUGCUUGAAAAGGGAGCGGACCCAGCACAAAUACCUUUCGCAGAAGAUGACUGGACGCCGCUUAACGCAGCAGCACACGGGGGUCAUCUCGAAGUAGUUAAGCUACUACUUGAGAACGGGGCAGAUCUUACAGUUUUUGGUGACCAGCUCCGGAGAGCGCUUUCUGUAGCUGCGUUUCACGGCCAUGUGAACGUAGUCCAGCUGCUGCUUGAAAAGGGAACAAUCCCAUCAGCUUCAGUAGAAGACGGCUGGACGCCGCUUAUCUCAGCAGCAAAAGGGGGUCAUCUUGAAGUAGUUAAGCUACUACUUGAGAACGGGGCAGAUCUUACAGUUUUUGGUGACCAGCUCCGGAGAGCGCUUUCUGAAGCUGCGUUUCACGGUCAUGUGAACGUAGUCCAGCUGCUGCUUGAAAAAGGAACAGACCCAUCAGCUUCAGUAGAAGACGGUUGGACGCAGCUUAACGCAGCAACACGAGGGGGUCAUCUCGAAGUAGCUAAGCUACUGCUCGAAAAGGGAGCAGACUCAACAGUCUUGACAGAAGACAAUCGGGCACUACUUAACUCAGCAGCAAAAGAGAGCCAUCUAGAAGUAGCUAAGCUUGCUUAA